AUGAAAUCAACGGUCAUUCCUGGUGGUUCUUUGCAUCCUGCAUAUAACAACAGCAGCAGUAGACACUCAAAUUCCAUCAAAAAGAAGGGUCAUUGUGAUGAAAAUCCACCAAAGAAUCUCGCAUCGUCAAAAAAUGCUCAACGUCCUUCUUCUGCUCCCUUCAUGACGUCCAAAAGAGAUCAAGAGAAGGGUCGAAUCCAAGUGAUACCUCGUCCUCCUCCUGUCAUAACAAAAUCUCCUCCUCGGGAGCUCGUAGCAGAAUCAUCACCUCGAAUCGUUGUUUCACCAAUAAUCACUACCAGUAGCAGCAAUUCAACCACAACUAGUAAAAGUAGUAGUAGCAGUAGUAACAAUUCAACAACAACACGACACUACAUGAAAUCAUUCAAGUCAUCAUCUCCUCCAAAUCAUUUUCUAUCUCCCAAUAACUCUUUUCAAUCAUCCCGAAGAAGAUCAUCCGUGGAUCGACAAAUAGCUCUUCUUACUUCUCAAGAAAUGGACAAGUUACUACAGACUAAAUCCUUGCAAAAUGAUACAAUGAAUCUUGAGAGUUCCAUCAUGAAUGAUGCUGGUAGGAAUAAUAUCAGUAAUGGUGGUGGUGGUGAUGGUGAUGGUUUGAAUAAUAUGAUUAGUGAUGAUAAUAUUAGUAAUGACAAUAGUAGUAAUGGUCAUGGUAGUACUACUAUGAAUGAUGAUGAUGACAGUGAGGAUAUAACCAAUGAUAGUGACACUAGUUCAGAUUCUGAAUCAUCAAUGACAUCUUUUCAUUCCAUUCAAUCUUAUUUAAAAUCUAAAUAUUCCAAAGAUUUAAUGUGUGAUAUGAAAACACUUGUCGAGUUUCUAGAUCGAUUGAAUUUAUCAUUUAUGAAAUUGAAAAUCAUUCCCAAAGAUAUUGAAUUAUUUAAAAAUUUAAUUGAACUUAAUUUAUCUCAUAAUCAUUUAAGAACAUUUAAUGCCAUGCUACUAGUCGAUUCAUGUCCAAAUUUAGUAUCAUUGGAUUUAUCUUACAAUAAGAUACAUAAUAUAUUAAUAAUUAGAGAUUUAUGUAAUUUAAAGAAAUUACUCAGUCUCAACAUUUCAAAUAAUCCAAUUCGAUUUAUUGAUAAUAGAAUUGUAGUAUUACAGAAAAUGUUACAUUUCAAAACAACAAACUCUAAUGAUAUGAAAACGAUCAAUGAAUCAUUGAAGACCAAUAUCAUGAAAGGAUCUCAACCAUUGUUGAAUUCAAUGAAUCAUGGUCGUAGUGGAGUUGGUGGUACUUCAAGAACAAGUUUGAGUAUUCAAAAUUCUACAAGCACCACUACCGCCAAUACUAGUCGUAGUAGUAGUAGUAGUUGUAGUAGCAGUAGUAGUAGUAGUUGUAGUAGUAGUACUAAUAGGAAUGAAUCCAAUACGACUGGAAAUCAUGGAAUUGUCAUUCCCAUGUUGUGGAGAAGUGAAACUUGUGGUUCGAGUCAAACAACAACAAUCUUUGAAAGUAACAUGUUGAACACUCUGAGCACAGCAGCCACAUCCUCUAACACUUCAAGAUCUCUCAAUACCACCACCGUCUUGUCCAAUCACUCGAAUGAUUAUAACAGUACGGAAUUCACAAAUCUCAACAAUAAUACUAUUCCAACAAAUACUACUCAAAAUACAAUGAAUACUAGUAGUAGUAGUAGUAAUAAUAGCAGCAGUAAUAAUAGUACAUCAACUAGUAUUCUCAAUCAUCAUCAAUAUAACAAUAGUCAAAACCAUUUUAAUAUCAACAACACCAAUAAUAAUAAUACUCAUAUGAUUCUAAAUCAUAAUAAUAAUACCAACAAUAACAACAAUAACAACAAUAACAACAACAACACCUUCAUGUUACACACUGAAAGUAGUAUCAAAAAAGAUUCUUCUCUCACCAAAACGAAUCCAAUUAUUCAAUCUCAACUUGUUCUCAAUAAGAUUAGAAAAUCUAAAGCAUUAUUAUCAAGUAUAAGAAAAUUAAAUGAAAAAAGAAAUGCACAAGAAUUAUCCUCAUCCAUUCAACAGUUAAGAAUGUCUCCAAGAAAGAAAAUUUUACAAACCGUUCAUUCUCAUAUUCCUAUUGAUAUGAGUCCAUUUGUGCAAGCAACGAAGAGUCAUCCCAUGACGAGUGUCGUCUCUACAACCAUUACUUCUACCAUUCACAAUAAUAAUAACCAUACUAACAAUAAUAAUCGUUCAACACUCGCUCAUACUUGGAAUUCUCAACCAAAAUCCACUCAAGAUGUGAUGAAUUCUUUAAAAAAAAUCGAUUUAAAGAAGGUGAGAAGUCUCGAUUCACCAUUUCCAUCUCUACAAAUUUUAAAUGGUAUUCCAAUAUCACCUGAAGAAUAUCUAUUAUCUUUACAUGAAGAGAUUUAUGAUACAUGUGCUUCCAAUGAAGUGGUAGUAGUUAAUCCUAUCAAGAAUAACAACAACAACAACACUAUAUUCACUACACCCAAUACACCCAAUACAUCCAAUACACCCAAUACACCCAAUACACCCAAUACACCCAAUACAUCCAAUACAUCCAAUACACCCACGAAUAAUCGUUCCACUCAACAAAAAGGUCAAAAAACUCUCAUUCUCAAAGACAAUACCAAAGUAGUGAAAAGAAAAUUAGAAUUUGAUACACAGAAUAUUGAUUUUACAAAUAACAAAUUUUCAUUGGAUGCCACUAACAAGUUACUAAAACGACAAUCAGACAAGAUGAAGAAAGAAACUCAACACAAGGCUGAUUCCUUGUAUCAUUCCAUAAACAUGUCGUAUGACGAAUUUGUAAAACAUUCAUGGGUAGCAGAAGAUGAUGAAUUUGUGGAUCCAUUCGAAGAAGAACAAGAAAUGAAUAAGACGAGUCGUGUGGCACAGCAACCAUCUUACAUUACAAAGACAAGAACAACCACCAUGGAUACUCUCAUGCCUAAAAUUAAUUUCUCUGAUAUUAUUAAGAAUGAAUUUUAUCAAAAUAGAAAACUCACAGAUGAAAUUAUGAAUACAAAAAGAAAAAGAGUGAUUGAUUUUAGACCAUUCAAAGAACAACUCUUAGAUUUAACUCCUGAGCAAAUAGAAUUGAAAUUUAAAAGAAUUGAAAUGAAAGAAAAUAUUUCAAAAUAUAGAGAUCAAAUUCUACAUAAAGUAGAUGAUAAGGAAUUAGCACUUACUAAAUUGAAGCAAGAAUAUGAGGAAUCCAUUCAGAAAAACCCAAAACAGGACAAAUUGAAACACUUAUUAGAGGGUGAUGAAAUUAGCUUGUAUGUUCACAAAAAGGAGGAACAGAAGAAACAUCACUCCAAACGAUCAAGCUCAUAUUCAACGUAUGAUGUUUCUGAUUCUGCUAAUGGUAACGAGCUCACAAGUAACAAACAGACAAAGAUUCAGGACGCUCCUUUCUUGGAUAACUUUUCAUUAGGUCGUAGGAGUUUGGAGGAGCUUUCCAUGAUUAAUGAUCAUUUUGCAAGUGCUUCAAGACAAGAAAACCAAUUAUCCGAUGCUCGAAAAGAGCUCGAAGAAUUGAAAGAGCUAAAAAUUACACGCAAGAAGUAUUCAAUCGAAGGAAAAACUUGUACCAUUGACGGCAAGACUUUUGUCUUUUCCAGUUUAUUUGUGUGA